UCUCUCUCUCUCUCUUUUUUUUUACAUUGCCAUCUGUUAUAUUGGGGAGCACUAUUCGGGUUUUUCAAAGCCUCUCAGUUUAAAAACUGAGGGGGCUUAGGUCCUUUGCAUUUUAAGCUGAUGAAGCCGAAGGAAAAAAGAAAGAAGGAAAACCCAUUUUUGUGCCUUUUUAAAGCUUUCUAUUAAGAUUCUCUCUUUUUUGAGAUAAACCCAUUUUAGUUUUUCAACUCUUGAACCCUAGAUUAAAGUUUGUUCCUUGAUCUACUUUUGCAUGUUGAUCAGAACAUGCAUUGUAAAGAUUAUGCAAAGUUGAACUGCAUUUAGCAGAGAUGUCGCUCAGUGCAAAUAUUGAAGAUCUGCACAAUGAUGGUUUUGAGGGGUCACAUGAUGAGCACUGUAUUUUGACGGAGGUUUUCUUUGGAAAUGAUACUGGCAGCACAAGUAAAAGGUGUCUUGUUACUGGAGUUAUUAAUUUUGAAUGUGAGCAUAGCAAGCAUCCAGAUACAUCACUGUGUUCUAACAGUGCAAACUCAGCUGUAACAAGUGCGUCUUGCUCAAAAAAUUUAUACCAGGAGGAUACUAAUGCAGUAAAUGAGACUUAUGAUGGGGUUUCUGUCUCAGGUAGCUUUCCUGAAAGAUUUACUUUGGGAGAGAGGGAUGACCAGAAUGUGAGUGUCAAGCGAAUGAAGUUUUCCGCUGGUGAAGUUUCUAGGUGUAAAGCAGAAAGGAGAAAGGCUUUGAAUGCACCAUUGCAGCCGAAGGAAAUUGUUAGUGGCUUGUCCUCAACACCUACAGAUUCCGUUUGCCAAACAGUUACGCUCCAUUUAGUUGAGUCAUCUGCUCAGGGGGUUACAUCUAGUUGCUAUCUGUUGAAGCGGCAUGUAGAAAAGGACAGAGGUGCUGAAAUGGAAGAUGUUGAUGUUACUAAGUCUAGAAUACAAGACUUAGAUUCAAAUGACAGAAAAGAAGUGGUAGCUUCACCUGUCUCACAGGAGAGUUUUGCAUCAAAGCUUGUAGUUUCAAGUCCUUCUGCCACUGCUGUGGAGAAGUUUGAGUCUCCUUUAUGUGCUGAUGAAAGAGUUGGUGGAUUUCAACCAUCUGGAGUCGAAGAAUCUAAAAAUUCUGGGGCAAUGGACCCUUCGAAGGAUCCUCGUCCUCUUCUUCAGAGCCAUGUUUUUCACAUACUCAAAGGAGCAGGCUGGUCUAUUGAGAGGCGUAAAAGACCCAGUAGGAAUUAUAUGGAUACAGUUUAUAAAUCACCUGAGGGGAGGUUAUUUCGUGAAUUCCCAAAAGUUUGGAGAAUUUGUGGUCAGGUUUUGUUGGCUGAUAGGUACAACUUCAUGCUGGAAAAUGAUGGUAAGAAAUGGACUGAUAUGAGCCAGUUCUGGUCUGAUCUAUUAGAUACAUUGACAAAUAUUGAGAAAGAAGUUGACCAAUUGAACCUUUCUAAUGCAUUGGCUCAGCAUUGGAGUCUAUUAGAUCCCUUUGUAACUGUUGUAUUUAUUAAUAGGAAGAUUGGUUCAUUAAGAAGGGGAGAUGAGGUUAAAGCAGGUAGAAGUUUAGUUAUUGAAAAUAACAAGCAAAAUGAUGCUGUUUUGGCACAGAGAAAAAACAGUACAAUGGAAAAGUUCCAUUCUCAGGGAGAUUUGCCAGAUCAGCUUUGUGAUUCUUCUCAGGCUGCUAAAAGCUCAUUGACAGCUUCCGAUAGGAGUUAUGAUGACUGUGAUAAGCUAUCAGGCAAUGGAAGUUUGUCAAAAUUCUAUGGUAAAAUGAGUAGUGGGGCAGUAAAAUGUCUGAAAGGUGUAUCUAUUUAUAUGGCUGAUCAAGUAGGUACAUGCUUGGUAGAUACUGACAACAGGUCAGAAACUUUUGGUUGCAUGGUCAAAGGUCUGCAAAUGGCUUCGUCACAUGCUUGUGGGUCAGAUAGCACCUGUGGUCAGCUAGGUGGUUUAAAGGAUAUUGAUCGUGUUGCUUCUGGAGAUGUUACCAAUAUGCGUCAGGGUUUUGAAUCUGCUUCCCUUCACCAAGAUAGCAACACAAGUUCUCCAAGCUCUGACAAACAAAUUUCUGAAUUUAAUGUAGAAGCUCCUAAUGAGGUUCCAGGAGAGGUAUCAUUCAUGUCUCUGGAGGAAAAAGAUAAAAUAUCUGGAGCUCCAUAUGCUGGAAAGGUUGGAUAUCUUCCACAGCAUUCACAGGAUAACCAUCCAAGUUACCCUAGUGAUAGCCUAAUUCAGUCUGGGCAUGGUGAAGAUCAGUUGCAGAUAUCUGCUGAAGCUCUGAAAUCUGAAACGAAGGAUAAAAAUUCUGUACAAGAUGUUAUUUUGAAAAAGAGGGUACGCAGGAGAUCUAGAAAGAUAUCCGAAAUUAGAUUGACCACGUUAUAUCAAAGUGAUGUUCUAUGUUCUUAUACUCCUGAUAUGAAUGAACAGCCAGAUAUUCUUGCAUGCCAGGGUCAACUAAAUUCAAAAGAGGUCCAAGAAUCCUUUGUAACCAAAGGAAACCUCCAGAAGUCCUCAUCUUUUGGCUCUUGCCUACACCAAGUGGAGAAAAAAGGCUCGAAGUUUAAGAGGAUUUGUGGCAAUCGUGAUGCUUCUAAGAACAGACAAAAGAAAUCAACUAAAUGCCAAAUUCAAGAUGAUGACCUGUUGGUUUCUGCAAUAAUAAGAAACAAAGACUUAAGCUUGAGUGCUACCAGAUCCAAAUUGAAGGUGCCCAAAAUUAGAGCUCGGACCAAGCUCAAGAGCAAGAAGGGUCGCUGCAAGUUGCUUCCUCGAGGCACGGGUAAAGGAGGAAAGCAUAUUACUGAAAUUAAGUUGUAUAAUAUUGGAUCCAGAACAGUGUUCUCAUGGUUGAUCCUAGCUGGGGUAAUUUCUCUGAAUGAUGUCAUUCAAUAUCGGAACCCCAAGGAUGAUGCUAUAAUUAAAGAUGGUCUUGUUUCCUUGGAUGGAAUAACCUGCAAGUGUUGCAACAGGGUGCUAUCAGUUUCUGAGUUUAAGAUUCAUGCUGGAUUCAAGUUUAACCGUCCCUGCUUGAAUCUUUUCAUGGAAUCUGGUAAGCCUUUCACGUUAUGUCAGCUGCAAGCAUGGUCUGCUGAGUACAAGAUGAGAAAAAAUGGGAUCCAGAAGGUUGAAGCUGACGAAAAUGAUCGAAAUGAUGAUUCCUGUGGUCUAUGUGGGGAUGGUGGUGAACUGAUUUGCUGUGACAACUGCCCUUCUACUUUUCAUCUGGCUUGCCUGUAUAUGCAGGAACUACCUGAGGGCAAUUGGUAUUGCUCAAAUUGCACUUGUUGGAUUUGUGGGAAUUUUGUUAAUGAUAAAGAGGCUUCAAGUUCGAUUGAUGCAUUCAAAUGUUUACAGUGUGAGCACAAAUAUCAUAAGGCAUGCCUGAAUGAUAAAAGUCAGUUUGAAGAAAAGGUUUCUGAUACUUGGUUUUGUGGGGGAAGCUGCGAGGAGGUGCACUCAGGUCUUAGUUCUCGUCUGGGGAUGAUUAAUCACCUUGCUGAAGGCUUUUCUUGGACACUUCUUCGAUGUAUUCAUGAAGAUAAAAAAUUUCACUCUGCUCUAAGGUUUGCCCUGAAGGCAGAGUGCAACUCAAAACUGGCUGUUGCUCUGUCCAUCAUGGAAGAAUGCUUUCAGUCUAUGGUUGAUCCCAGAACAGGGGUAGACAUGAUACCCCAUCUCUUGUACAAUUGGGGGUCGGAUUUUGCACGCCUGAAUUUUUUUGGAUUUUACUCUCUUGUCUUGGAGAAGGAUGAUGUGCUGAUAUCUGUAGCAUCCAUCAGGAUACAUGGGGUAACAGUUGCAGAGAUGCCUCUUAUUGCAACUUGUAGCAACUACCGUCGGCAAGGAAUGUGUCGACGCCUUAUGACUGUUAUUGAAGAGAUGCUCAUCUCAUUCAAGGUGGAAAAGCUUGUGGUAACUGCCAUUCCAAAUUUGGUGGAAACAUGGACCAAGGGUUUUGGCUUCAAGCCAGUGGAGGAUGAUGAAAGAAAAACACUUAGUAAGAUCAACUUGAUGGUGUUUCCCGGAACGAUAUUGCUUAAGAAGCCCUUGUAUCAAUUCCAAAAAGCAGAUGGACAGUCAGGUGAUACAUCAUCUUUGCAACAAGAUAAAUCAACUGAACAUUUGAGACAAGAAGAAUCAACUAAUGUAGGCAUUCAUCCUGUAGGAGAUCGAUCAGCCAAGUCUGUACAGCCUUUUGAUGACAACUGCUAUGCAAAUGAAGCCUGUGCCAAAAUAGAAACUGAGCUUGUAGGAGACAAGAAUGAGCAAGAAUUGGAACUUGAUGGAAAAAGGGAAAUCACUGAUGGUGUUGGAGAGGAGUCAUGCGAUAAACCAGCCUUAAGAGAUUUAGAAACUACUAGAUUAGGUAUAUGUACUAAGGGACAGCCUGUAGAUGAAUCUAUACAUUGGUCUGACAGUAAUUGUUGCUCCAAAGAUGUUAGGACUGAGCUCGAAGACAGGCUUAGAGUUGGGUCUUCUCAAGAAUACCCUGCUGCAGAAACUAACUCUGCAUCCCAAUUGGAUGGUUGCUGUUGCGACGAUGAAGCUGGCGCUGAAUCAAAAGUGGAGUCUGUGCAGCAAUCAGAUUGCCUUCGUUUAGAUAACCGUAGCGCUGAAACGGAUGACCAGGUAGUUGAAGAAAAGAACAUACAAGUAGUUGAGGGUCAAGAAAGUAGUUUGCAGGAACAAUUUUCAGAGGUGUCCUGUGAAAAGCCAGAUUUGGCAUUAGUUUCUAUUGUUAAGACAUGUACUUAUAACGAGACACUGGUUUCUUUAGAGGAACAGCUGCAGAAAGACUGUGAGUUGGAUGUUAAGUGGCAAUAAAAUUGUAAAUUUAGGAAAAUCUCAUGCUUUUUUCCCCCA